AUGGAGUCUCAAAAAUUGUUGCCGCAGCGGACACAGCAAAAUGUUACAAAUGAAAGUUCGGAGGAUGAAUGGUCAGAAGGAUCCAGCUGUACUUCAUAUUAUUCAGAUUCUGACGAAAGUACAAUACCUGAUUGGGAGCCCUAUGUGGAUGAUUACUCCGGAGAACUUUUGUAUAUAGAAUGCCAUCCUUUUGUUACACAAAACAAAGAUAAUCAGAAACCAAAAGAAACUGUUGCUCCGUUUUCUAAAAAUCAAUUAAGGCAAAGUACAAGGGGAAAGUUUUUAAGGCUUAUAAGAAGAAGAGAAAGUAAAAGACACAGUAAAAAGUUUCCUAAAACACCAGAUGCAAAUGACAAUAAUACUUCAAAGGUGAAGUUUCAAGACUUUCAAGAGGGCGAAGAAAAAGAUGUAUUACUGGAAAUAGAUCAAGAAAAUAAAUACAAUUUAAGCAGUAAUGUUUCAUUGGCGGAAUCAUUGCUUGGCUUAAACGUCAGCACAUUAUCAGAUGGAAACAGGGUGAUGAUAGCAGGGUUUUCAUUGGACAGCAAGUCAAAGAAUGAGAGAAAUAUAAAAAUUGGAGACUGGUUGAAAAGUAUAAAUGACAUAGAAGUGAAUGUUCAAAAUUUGGAAGACAUCCUUCAGAAAUUCAUCAAUAAUACAGAUGUUUUAUUAAAAUUGCAAAGGGUGGCUGGCAUUGAUGUUACAAAGGAUCCUCCUAUAAAUGAACUUAAUAACGAGUCGAAUUUUGUAAGAGAGUUAUUGAAUUCUAAAGGUGAGGAUGAGCAGUUGUUAUCGCAGACUUUAUGUAAGCACCCUGUAGGAAUUGUUUACAUAAAUACUGAUAAAUUGAGCGAAAAUUCAGGGGAAUACGAGGAUAUAAUAUACUGUUAUCCUAGACCAUUGCAAAAAAAUAUUUUAUGUGGAUCAAGAGGCAUGUUUUUAACGUUAAAUCAUUUACUUGAUGAUUUAGUCAGAUCGAAACCAAAAUGUUCGUCGAUGAUGUACAAAAAACGGUUGGCACAUGUGGUAUACACCCAAUGCGACAAAAACCUCCUUCUUUUUAUGUUACCAGACAACAGAGCCUCCGCCAAAGAAAUUAUGUACAUAAACAACGAAAUAAUUCGCUUACUGGAGUUCUCCUACGAAACGCUGGACAAAUGUUUUACAGACGAGCUGAAGCUCACGCAAGUCGAUCACUUUUUCUCGAGGUUCUUCGCCAGGAUUUUGAGCAGCGGUUUGUGGGCCACCGCUCAACAGUUCGUCGAGUUGCAGAGUCUGUCCGUGAAAUCGUUGCAAGUGAGUCCGCAUCAGUUCGAGAACGUAAUGCCGAUAGCGCCGUUUCUAAAUCUGCCCGACGAGGCCAAAAUGCAGAUAGAUGAUGCUCUUACCGAGUUGGAAGCCAGCGACUAUCGGGACUGGAAUGAAGAACCAUUGGAUUGCCAACGACUUUUUACAGUUUUGGGAAGCGUUAUCUACCAUUCAGGGUACCUUUUAGCUUCGCACUUAAUACACGAAGACCUCGUAGACGUCCAUUGCUUCUGCCGACAGCAAGGCUUACUUCACUUGUCAAGAACUGAACCAGUGAAAUCUCUGGUUCUGUGGAAGGAAGUGUUUCCCAACUCGUGCAACAAAAACAAAGUGGAAAAUGAAAAUGUUCCAGACGGUCGCAGAUACUUAUUGGUUGUAGGAAGCGCCAAGAACCUCUUGGCUGUAAUAAUGGAAGCGGGCGGUUGUACGGAACCGCCAGAAGAAAACAUGGGACCGGACGCUUUCUACGUGGAGGAAGCCCAGGCAACAUUAGCCCAUAUUCAAGAACUCGGCUUGCCGGAACUGGCCGAUCGAUUGCUGUCGUUGAAUCCCGGUUUUCAGGUGGCUUCGCCAGUGCCGCUGUCAAACAAACGCAAGAACGAAUUUAUUGGCAGCAUUUCGUUGUCGAAAUCCGCUACUGGGUUGAAGGAGUCGCCCAGAAAGAACGAGGUGACUUCGAUUUUGAAACGCAGAAGUUCGGAUCAAAACUUCGUUUUGCCCUACAACUCAUCCACAUCCUUACAUGAUGAUUGUUAUUCGGAGGAUUCGGGAAGUCAGGAAUGUUGCAGUGAAAUUAGCGACGAAAGCGGUGCCCGAUCCAGAAGGUCCAAAUGCGAAUACGACGAAGAUUUAUCGGACAAUGACGAUUUUAAUGAUGGCAGCCAGAUGAGCAAUAGCAGUUUCGACGUAUCGGAAAUUAGACAGUCCCUUUUGAACGAAACCGAGGAUUAUAGACCGAUACAAAUAACCGCUGGACAGGAAAACGUUCUGUAUCAUUUUCUGCAGCUCGAUACGGCGGAAGGCAUUUUAAUUUGCCCCCCUGAAAGCAGAGUGCAAUCGCAAACGCUUCAACUAGUUUUGAGUAACUUUAGAAGGUGCUGCCAAAAAAUUCACUCUCUUCUACAAAAUACUUUGAGAUUUAAGAAUAUGCCAGUUCCGGAAAUGUCCAAAUCAUUAAUGAACAAAAGUCUGAUUGCUAUAAAGGAACAUGGUAUUUUGUUUGAAUGCCCUUACUUGGAGGAAAAAGAAAAUAAGAAAAAUAAAAUUGUGUACUGGGUUAUAGGAAGACUGAUUUACAUGCCUCAUCCAAAGGAAGUGUAUGUUUGUUACAAUGAAAGUGUACCGCAAAAUUUGGUUGAAUUAGCUUUUAAAAUGAAUAUAGGAGUUAUCACUUAA